GGCCUACCAAAAAUUCAAUGGGGUUCCUACAUUUGUGCCUGUCUAAGGAAGAUAUGCAACCUCCCCACUUUGACCAAAUAGCCUUAAUCCUGAACCCGGCCAAUAUCAAGCACAUUGUUCAUUUGUUCUAACCAAUAACUAAUCUUUGUUUCCUGUUGUUGUUCAUUUGUAAUUUUAGAUAUUUUACAGAUUUGUUUGGUGGAUGAAUGUUCUGAUUUAUAAUGUUUUGAAAUUAAGAGAGAAAAGGGAAUGAUUAUCCCAUCUUCGGAAAGGUAAUGAACAUCUUUUACACAAGGAUCAAGGGAGAAGAGGAAGGAGAUAAUGUUGCAGAGAGCAGCGAGAAAUGCAUAUUCAUGGUGGUGUGCUAGUCAUAUCAGGACAAAACAAUCAAAAUGGCUGGAGCAGAACUUACAAGAUAUGGAGGAGAAGGUAGACUACAUACUGAGGAUACUAGACGAGGAUGGGGACUCCUUCGCGAGAAGGGCAGAAAUGUACUACAGAAGAAGGCCUGAGCUUCUCAACUUUGUGGAAGAUUUCUUCAAGAGCUACAGAGCUUUAGCAGAGAGAUAUGAUUACAUCUCAAAAGAGCUUCAGAGUGCUAAUAGAACCAUUGCCACUGUUUGCCCUGAAAGAGUCCAACUAGACAUGGAGGAUGAUGAUGAUGAGAGCAGCGAAACCUGCCCUGAAAGGCCUCAAGAGGAAAGGAAUAUCAUCUCCCCAAAGGAUUUGCCUGCCGCUCCAAAGCUAAGCAUUCCUGAAGUUGUUUCAAUGGCCAACAAGAAAGCGAAACCGUCGAGGUUAAUGUCUACCAAGGGGCUUCUUAAGUUCAAUGAUGAUGCUGAAUCAACACAUCCAACCUCAGGGCUGAGCAAAGACGAGGCGCUUAAUGAAAUCGAUAAGAUUCAGAAGCAUAUUUUGGCGCUACAAACCGAGAAAGAGUUUGUGAAGAGUUCAUACGAAAAUGGUGUUGUUAAGUAUUGGGAUAUCGAGAACCAAAUCACAGGGUUGCAGGCAAGGGUCACCUCCCUACAGGAUGAAUUUGGAAUAGGCGCUGUUAUUGAGGACGACGAGGCACGAACUCUAAUGGCAUCCACUGCACUCAAGUCCUGCCAAGAGACAUUGGAUCGCUUACAUGAACAACAGGAGCAGAUCAGCGAAGAGGCAAAGAUUGAGCACGAUAAGGUUCAAGAUGCACGUCUGAGAUUUCAGUCUCUCGUCAAAACAUUUGAGGGUUGCCAACAACCAUCCCCCAUGGGGAAAUUGCCUGUCAAACCUAAUAUGGAGGAGUCCAUCAAAUCAGAUAAUAAUAGUAAUAAUAAUAAUAACAAUAAUGAUAGUAGUAAUAAUAAUCAGAAAAUCGAGAAUACUAAUACACAACAUGAAAGGGUUGAUAUAGAGUCAUUGCGUGUAAAGAUAAAAGAAGAGAUACAAGCUGGUGGUACAAGCACCCACCUUACGAUGUCCGGUCUAGCAGAAAAGGUUGAUGAGCUUGUGGAUAAGAUCAUACAUUUAGAAAGUGCAGUGGUGGAUCAGAAUGCUCAGGUGAACAGAUUGAGAGAAGAAGCAAACGAUCUCCAUGCUAAUCUUCAAAGAACAGAAGAGGAGAAGGAGUCUUUGCUCAAAGAUUCAGAAACAAUGGGCAAUAAGAUCAGAGAACUGGAAGAAGAGCUUCAGAAAGUUCAGAACCUAAAUCAAAGCAUCACUGAGCAAAGCAAGUACAUAUAUACGCGCAUCACUGAAGCAAGUUGCAGAGUUGAUGACCUCUCAGGAAAACUACUGAAUGUGUUGCCAGAUGAAGAGGUCAAAGAUGCUAUUUCAGUCAAACCUGGUAAUGCGGCUUCUUCAGGGGAACCCUCAGAUGAUGCCACAGUUCUUGAUGGCAAUUCAUCAGGGUCUGGAGAUCAAGAGACAAAUGUUAAGUUUGAGAAAGAAGGAAGUAGUAUUAUUGUUCCAUACACUAAUCCAACUUCAAUAAAGGGGUUUCAAACACAAGACGGUGUAGCCACUGAUCAUAGCACUUCUGCCAUCUCUGGGAAUGAAUCACCGAAAGAGAAACAAAUGAAAGAUGGAAUUCAUCACGAUUUAAGAACAGUUGUGGGGCAAGACGAAUAUGGUGCAGAUGAUGGUGAACCAAAUUGGAGAGCAUUGUUUGUAAAUGGCUUAGAUGAGAGAGACAAGCUUCUACUUGAGGAGUACAUUUCGGUCCUUAGAAAUUACAAGGAAUCAAAGAGGAAGCUUAAUGAGUCAGAAAAGAGGAGGAGGGCUGCCCACUUUCAAUACGUAGUCCAGAUAAAAAUACUGAGAAAUUCCUUAGCCUUAAAGGAUGCAGAGGUUCAAUCUCUUUUGAAGAAUCUAAGCGCACUCAAUGAGGAACAAGCGGAAGCUCUAAAGUCAAGUGAAAGCACAACAUUACCUGGCUUCGAGACUAAAGAUGAUAACACAAAGCGUCAGGAAGUGCACAGAAAAACUCUUUCUGAAUAUUUGGAUGUUCCAAUCACGGGAGCUGAUCCUGCAAGAGAAGGAUCAACAUCGAGAGAGCAUUUGAAGCUAUCUAGCAUUCAAGAGUAUGAGGAUCUUAAGAUGAACAGCAUUGAAGAAAAGAUAAAUACAGACAUCGAUGAAUUGUUGGAAGAAAACAUUGAAUUUUGGCUCCGCUACAGCACUUCUUUCCAUCAGAUAAGGAAGUUCCAGAGUGCUGUCAAAGACUUGCAGGACGAACUGCAGAAGAAAAGGCCAAACAAACAGAAGCUGGAGAGCAAACCGCUAGAACAACUCUCUGAGAUCCGACCUAUAUACAGGCACUUGAAAGAGAUUCAGACCGAGUUAACGCUAUGGUUAGAACAUAGUGCAGUGCUGAAAGAUGACUUGCAGAACAGGCUGUCAUCUCUUUGCAACCUCAAAG